AUCUGUGCUAUCCAAGGGAAGGAUGCAGGGGUUUGGAUCUGUGCCCCCCAAGGGAAGGAUGCAGGGGGUGCAGGAGUUUGGAUCUGUGCCCCCCAAGGGAAGGAUGCAGGGGGUGCAGGAGUUUGGAUCUGUGCCCCCCAAGGGAAGGAUGCAGGGGGUGCAGGAGUUUGGAUCUGUGCCCCCCAAGGGAAGGAUGCAGGGGGUGCAGGAGUUUGGAUCUGUGCCCCCCAAGGGAAGGAUGCAGGGGGUGCAGGAGUUUGGAUCUGUGCCCCCCAAGGGAAGGAUGCAGGGGGUGCAGGAGUUUGGAUCUGUGCCCCCCAAGGGAAGGAUGCAGGGGGUGCAGGAGUUUGGAUCUGUGCCCCCCAAGGGAAGGAUGCAGGGGGUGCAGGAGUUUGGAUCUGUGCCCCCCAAGGGAAGGAUGCAGGGGGUGCAGGAGUUUGGAUCUGUGCCCCCCAAGGGAAGGAUGCAGGGGGUGCAGGAGUUUGGAUCUGUGCCCCCCAAGGGAAGGAUGCAGGGGUUUGGAUCUGUGCCCCCCAAGGGAUGGAUGCAGGGGGUGCAGGAGUUUGGAUCCCACCCCAGGACCCAUCCCCAGCAGGGCAGGGCGGUGAUUACCAUAUGAAAACAGGGAUAACAGUGGGAUUCUUGUGCGGGAGGAAUGAAGGAGAUCUACGACCCUUUUGGUGCCAGUCAGCCCCGGAGCUGCGUGCAGGCACAAUUAACCUUUCACUUUUGGGAUGAGCCGGUGUUUUCCUGCUGCAGCUGC